AUUUAUAUGUUCUUGAUCGAUAAAAGCAAGUUAGCGUAUCGCAAUCAAAAUCCAUCAUCCUCGAUCUUUCAAUUCGAAAUUCAGCCAUCAUCUUCUCGAAUUCGACUCGCUAUGUCAGCCAAUAUCGAGACAACAAACCCAGCACCAGGGAUGCUAGUUUCCAGACUCCUAUCCAUAAUCCAAGAAAGCAUUAUUCCCCUCACACGACAAGGAGUCUCGAGCGGUUCCAAGCUCUUCGGUGCAGCUAUCCUAUCUCGCAAGGACCUCACACCCUACACCCUUGCCACAAACAAUGAGCGCGUCUCCCCGCUCCUCCAUGGUGAAAUCAACUGCAUCCAACAAUUCUGCAUGAUCGACUUUCCAGACCCAGCAACGCGCCCUCAUCCAGCAAAGGACUGCAUUUUCCUCGCCACGCACGAGCCCUGCUCGUUAUGCUUGAGCGGUAUCACCUGGGCCGGUUUCAACGAGUUCUACUAUCUUUUCACGUACGAAGAUAGUCGAGACCUGUUUGGGAUUCCGUACGACAUCGACAUUCUACAGAAAGUGUUUAGGGUUAAGGGAGAGGGGGAGAGCGAAGAACAGGUUCAGAAGAGGCAAUUGUACAACCGGAAGAACAAGUUCUUUACUGCGAAGAGCUUUGCGGACGUGGUAGGUGAGGUUAGUGAUGAGAGCGAGAGGGAGAGAUUACUCAAAGAGAUUACGAGGGUAAAGGGUUUGUAUAACAGUUUGAGUGAGACGUAUCAAGAAGGAAAGAAGGCGGGGGCUGAAAGCUCGAGUGUUUGGAAGUAAGGAAACAGGCAAUCAGUGUUACGAUGCAAAUAAAUUAUUAUGCAGAGGGUAUGUGUUGCUAAUGGAGAAUUGAUCACUAUUAUUUCCC